AUGGCAAACAGCGACUCGGAUUUUGACCCGUUCAACCAGCCUUUGACCUUCCGCUACGCGGACGGCACUCCGUUUGUGGUCACGGUUGACGAAGUCGACACCAACCUCAUCCAGUACAGCAUCCGCAGCUGCAUCAACUACGCAUCCCAGCUCGGUGCCUCCAUUGCCAUUUUUGUCAUCCUGCUGCUGCUCACCAGACCCGAGAAGCGUGGCUCGGCCGUGUUUGCCCUGAAUGCUUCCGCCUUGCUCUGCAACAUCGGUCGUACCGUCUGCCAGGUCACCUUCUUCUCCGGGGCUUUCGUGCGCCUCUACCCUUAUUUCUCAGGCGACUAUUCCAGAGUGCCGAGAUCUGCAUACGCCGGUUCUGUCCUGGGCACCGUCUUCCCUACUCUGCAGUUGAUCUGCUUUGAAGCGUCCUUGCUGCUCCAGGUCGAGGUCGUAUGCGCAAAUCUCCGUCGUCGCUAUCGCCGCUCCCUGGUGGUUGCGUUGAGCGUGAUCGCCUUUCUGGCCCUGGGCUUCCGCUUCACACUCAUGGUCCUAAACUCGAUGCUCAUCAUGGAAGCUGCCGUUCCUCACAGUCUUCAAUGGCUGGAAAGUGCAGCUAACAUCACCCUGACAAUCAGCAUCUGCAUCUUCUGUGCCGUGUUCGUCGUCAAACUUGGCUUCGCCAUCCAUCUCCGCAAAAGGCUCGGUGUUAGGGAGUUCGGUCCUAUGAAAGUCAUUUUCAUCAUGGGAUGUCAGACUUUGGUGAUUCCAGCCAUCUUCUCCAUCCUCCAAUACGUCGUGAACGUGCCCGAGCUAUCCUCCAACGUCCUGACCCUAGUCACCCUUUCCCUUCCUCUCUCCAACAUCUGGGCCAGCACGACCCUCUCGCAAUCCAGCACCGGAGCAUCCACCUCGCGUGCAAACCUCUGGAAUGGACUCACCUUCAGCGGCGGCAAACAAAUGUCCAUGUCUACCUCGUCUAGCACGAAACCAAGCACCACGGUCUGCUACUCUGAUCAGGUGUCGCCCAAAGCGCCGAGCUCCUUGCAGCAGGUCUUGAGGAAGAAUGAGGACGAGGCGGAACAGGGUUAUGGCAUAGCCAUUGAGCAUGAUAUCUCGGUUCGUAGUGUUCGGAAGGAGAAGAAGGGCGAUGUCUAG